AUGUCUACUAGAAAAACAAAUGCUAGACCGACUGCUGACAACAGAUGGAUGACGGUUUCUGAGCAGUCUGGCAGUCUCUCUAUACAGCUUACACCGCUUCUCGCUGAGCGCCUUGAUGCCACGGAACAUACGAACGGGAUGGCUCUCCUUAUUGGCUCACCAUCCUGCAGUGAAUUGUCAGAUCAUCUCAGAGCAACCUCAUCAGAUGGAAAUAUUCUUCUCGCCGUAGACACACGGACUAAAGUCCUGCGUGUCGCUUGUCCGACACUUGCAAGACAUGUAGGUGCGGAAGACCACUGCCCUGGCGACAACAUCGGUUGGGCAAGAGCGAAAGAUGGAAACACCUCUCAGUCCCUAGCUGCCAUUUAUUCUCGCUUAUUAGGGCCGUUCACGAAUGUAGUAUGCAUCUUCGCCUCGAGCUUCACAUCCACAACUGAGCUUGGUACCUUCCUAUCCACAUGGCUACGGUCCGCUUGGUCUAGGACACAGGUUCCUAACUCCCCUUCAGCUUCUGAGCAAUCAAUGCCACAUGACUUUCUUGUAGCUCUGCCACGCCUUAUUGUUCUGACGGAGGAGAAGUCUUCUCCCAGUAGCGGCUUUUUGGAAAGUCUGAAAGCAUCUCUGGAGGCUACCGUUUUCGAACAGACAGGAUUCUUUCUUAAUAGAGCAUUCUCUAGCCUUACUGUAAAAGAUACUGCAACGGAAGCCUGCAUACUUCGACAACGUCGAUACACAAAGGUUACUGCUUUUCUGGAUAGCGAGUGUGCGGUGGCACGGAGAACGUUCGAGCGCUUGAACAUGCUCUACCAUACACACACCAUGGUUGACCUAUUCUCUAGGGCUUAUCACUGCCUUUUGAACAAUGAAGCUUUUGAUCCAGUCGCAGCUUCCCGGACAUGGAGUCCAGUACCACCAAAUGCGGCACAGCAGAUUGUAAGAUUUCUGUCUGAACAUAAAGACGAAGAGACUCUCCGAACUUUUGCUUUACCAUAUCUAGUGUCUGCGAUACGCGCGAAUGCGUACCCAGCAGAAGCCCAUCCUUUUAACUUUCCACUCAUCUUUGAUACUCUCUACAAAUCCAUCUGGCACCACGCCGCUAGCACAUUGGGCCUGAGAAAAGAUAUGUACCUAUUGGUAGAGGAUAUGGUGAGAGACCCCGUACGUCCCGUACUCACUGUGGACAACGACGGCACUACAGACCAUACGAGGCUUCUGAAGUCUAUCCGUCGUCUGAACUCCACCAAUUCCCAACACACCAUGGCAGUCGUAGAUUCCAAUUCCAAUUGCGGAAGCAAUUGCAGAGAGACAGAGCCGAAAACCAUUUCAGCAGCUCCGCUCUGUCAAGGAGUUGACACGGUCAAUUUGAAUGCCCCAAUGAGCUUACAAGAGCGACGUCACCUUUUAUUUCUGGCCACCUCUCAUGAUCACUGGCGGGCGUAUAAAGUCCACGAUUACUGCCCCGUUUGUAUUCUGCGACGACCUGAGUAUGGACUACCCUGCGGACAUAUGUAUUGCGAGUAUGACAUUAGACGUCUGGGACGGAAGAUACGGCGUGAAACCUACAUUGUUGAAGAAUGCACCUGCUGUCAAGCCCGCUUCACCGACGUAGUUUUCAAAUUUCGGCCUAAGACAAAAGGCAUCAGGGUGCUUGCUCUGGACGGUGGUGGAGUCAGAGGCAUCAUAAUGCUACAGUGUCUACACAUGUUGCAGUCGAUGCUGUGGGUCUUCCUUCCUGGAAUGCCCAUAAUAGACCUGUUUGAUCUUUGUGCCGGGACAAGCUCAGGCGGAAUCUGUGCUUUGACCCUUGCUCACAAAGGGAUAUCUGUCAAGAAAGCUAUCCAAGACUUUACAGAUCUUAGCCAGCGCGUCUUUGUCUCGCAACCAAUUUGGGCCAGGGCCUUUAAUCUGAUCGCACGAGGGUCGAUCUACGAUAGUAGUGCCAUAGACGAAGCUCUAAAGAGGCAUUAUGGUGAGAGCAAGCUAUCUGACUAUACCCCCGCAACUGCUCGGGCUGCAAAGGUUCUCGUCACGGUCAAAGGAACGCCAAAAGGGGAUCAGAUACUAAGUAAUUUCAACGGGGUCGGCCUCGAUGACUCUCGCAAAGACUUUGAACAAGCAUUUCGUCAUCCAAAUGACGAAGAAGGGCAGGAGGCAAUCCUUGCCUGGCAAGCUGCACGGUCCACUUCAGCCGCGCCCGUCAUAUUCCCAACCUUCACCAUCGACGGUGUCGGCACAUUCCAAGACGGUGCCAUGUGGCGAAAUAACCCUGCCGACGUGGCACUUUCUCUCGCCCCUGCCCUAAUGCAGGGUCAUUGUCUCCCGGAUAUUCUGUUGUCAAUUGGCACAGGGUUCGAAAAGGUGCCACAGCGAAGCCACCGUGAACGGCAGCCUCCUGCACGAUCGACGAUUCCUGUGAUUGACCUUCUCCGUCGGCUCUGCGCUUUCAUGGGGGACAAUAUAGCCACAGACGGAGAAAAGUUUCAUAAUCAUAUUAUGGCAGGGAGAUCCGAUGUAGGCAGCUGGUUCAGACGACUCAACGUCCCACUUUCAGAAGGUUGCCCUUCAAUAGACGACGCAUCAUCCAUCCCUAGAUUGAUGGAUGAGGCUGCAGCACAUUUCAAGUCCAACCCGAGUAUGCAAGAAGUGAUGGAUUCUAUUAUAUCUAGUUUCUUUUACUUUGAGCUCUCUAGCCGGCCUUUACGGCACCGAACACAUGUGAGCUUCUGCGGCCGUAUCUUGUGUGAUAUUCAACCAGGCCACCGGCUUAAACAUUUUAUCAAGAACUUACGUAUACGUGGGGCAGAAUUCUCGAUCAAUGGAAAUUUCACAGCACUCGACAGCGUAGGAGAGUGGAACGGAAGAGAAGUUGAUUUCGAGAUACCUGUUCGAGGGACGGUUGCUGGACUUCACACACGGCUCGAGAUCUUUCUCUGCUGGAACAUGAAUGGCCAAAAGAUCAAGAAAAUAAUCAGCCGCUCUCCCUUCAGUCUCGACGGGAUCAUGGAGGCCCAAGGCUGGGACUCUCCCCAAUCCCGGGCUUUGCGACAGCUGACAAAAAGCGGACGCAAGCGUGGGCUCGAUUGUCACGCUGCGUGGAAGCGGAUUAAAAAGGCUCGGUCGUAG